AGGAGGGACUAGGGGCGGGACGGAAGCGGGGCGAUUGCAACCAAAGCUAAAGGGAGAGGAGGCUGCGCCUGGACGGAGGUAGAGAAAGCCCUAGGGAGGGAGAAGCGAAAGGAAUCUCCGAUGCCUCCUAACUCCAGACUGAUUAAAGCUGUGAUGUUUGUGGAGACAGAUGUCAUCUUUCCUGUCCUGUGAAGUAUGUGAUGAGGAGUAAUAUUUGACUUCUGUGUGCUCUGAACCUGUGAAAUCUACAAGGUCUCAGAGCACAGCUCUAAGCUAGCCAAGUAAGCCCGGAAUACAAUGAACAAAUUGAACUUCCAUAAUAAUAGAGUCAUGCAAGACCGCAGAAGUGUUUGUAUUUUUCUACCCAAUGAUAAAUCUCUGAAUAUCAUCAUAAAUGUUAAAGUACUGUGUCAUCAGUUACUUGUCCAGGUGUGUGAUUUGUUGAGGCUAAAAGAUUGCCAUCUCUUUGGACUCAGUGUCAUACAGAAUAAUGAACAUAUUUACAUGGAGUUAUCACAGAAACUUUAUAAAUAUUGUCCAAAAGAAUGGAAGAAGGAAGCCAGCAAGGGUAUUGACCAGUUUGGUCCUCCAAUGAUUAUUCACUUUCGGGUACAAUAUUAUGUGGAAAAUGGCAGGUUAAUAAGUGAUAGAAUAGCAAGAUAUUAUUAUUAUUGGCACUUGAGAAAACAAGUUCUUCACUCCCACUGUAUGCUUCAAGAGGAGGCCUACUUCUUGCUGGCUGCUUUUGCAUUACAGGCUGAUCUUGGAAACUUCAAAAGGAAUAAGCACUGUGGGAAAUAUUUUGAGCCAGAGGCUUAUUUCCCAUCUUGGGUUAUUACAAAGAGAGGGAAGGAUUACAUUCUAAAACACAUUCCAAAUAUGCACAAAGAUCAGUUUGCACUAACUGCCUCUGAGGCACAUCUUAAAUAUAUUAAAGAGGCUAUUCGACUUGAUGACAUCGCUGUUCAUUACUACAGAUUGUAUAAGGAUAAACGGGAAAUUGAAGCGUCAUUAACUCUUGGGCUAACCACACGAGGAAUACAGAUCUUUCAGAAUAUCAAUGAGGAAAAACAGUUACUUUAUGACUUCCCUUGGACAAAUGUUGGAAAACUAGUAUUUGUUGGUAAGAAAUUUGAGAUUUUGCCAGAUGGAUUGCCAUCAGCCAGAAAGCUCAUAUACUAUACUGGAUGUCCCAUGCGUUCCAGACACCUCUUAGAGUUACUCAGCAAUAGUCAUCGUCUCUACAUGAACCUGCAACCUGUUCUUCGUCAUAUUAGGAAGCUUGAAGAGAAUGAAGAAAAGAAGCAGUAUCGAGAGUCAUACAUCAGUGACAACUUAGACCUCGACAUGGAUCACUUGGAGAAAAGAUCGCAGGCAAGCGGGAGCAGCACUGGCAGCAUGAAGCAUAAGCGCUUCUCUCACCAUUCCACCACCAGCCACAACAGCUCCCAAACAUCAGGCAUUGAGACUGACACUAAAAUUAGGGACACAGGGCCAGAAGACAGCUUCUUAGGCAGUGCUCUCUAUUACAGACUAAAAACCUGCAGCUCCAUGAUCAGUCAUGACAGCUCCCACACCUCUGGGGUGGAAAGUGGUGAGAAGGACAGGCUGGAGGAAGACUCACAGGAUGAUGAAAUAGAGAUGCUAGUUGAUGACCCCAGAGACUUAGAACAAAUAAAUGAAGAGGCUGUAGAUGUCAACCCAGAUAUGUGUAUCUAUAUCACUGAAGACAUGCUGAUGUCACAGAAGCUUAAUGGUUAUUCAGGACUAAUUGUAAAGGAAAUCAGUUCUUCCACAUCUAGCUCUUCAGAAACAGUAGUGAAACUCCAUGGCCAAAGCACUGAUUCUCUCCCACAGGCUAUCUGUCGAAAACCAAAGACUUCUACUGAUCGACAUAGCUUGAGUUUGGAUGAUAUCAGACUUUACCAAAAAGACUUUUUGCAGAUAGCAGGUCUGUGUCAGGACACUGCUCAGAGUUACACUUUCGGAUGUGGUCAUGAAUUAGAUGAAGACAAUCUCUAUUGUAAUAACUGCUUGGCUCAGCAAUGUAUUAACAUCCAAGACACUUUCCCAGUCAAAAGAACAAGCAAAUAUUUCUCUUUGGAUCUCACCCAUGACGAAAUACCAGAAUUUGUGGUUUAAAACAACAGGAAUACAGCAAAAAUGCUGCUUCAAAAGAGAUUAUUCAAAUUGAUUCUUCUUGUUUUAAGUGUUGUUAUGCCAUAUUUCUCCUGCUUACUUUCUCAUACAUUCCCUCCCAUCCCCACUCUUUCCCACUAUUUUCUUCCUAAUGAUAUAAAUGCAUAUCAAACUUUGUAAAGAUUGCACUUUAAGUACUUCCCACUCAACAGUUCAUGGCAGCCACAAAAUUGUGCAGUAUGCAUGAGAUCCUCGCAGUUGGCAUUGCUCAGCUGGAAAGAAACUCUGCUUCAACUUUACAUAUAGAAUAUUAGCAUUUUUUCCCCAAUUAGUUCCCAUAAGCACAAUACAAUUGUCUAUCAUUGGCUUUUGUAUAAACACUGCCAUUCUGUUUUGUCUUUUGCCUUCUUUAUAGGCAGAGGAGUGAUUCUAAGAAGACAAAGAUCUGUAAAUAUUACAGAUAUUUGUAUCCAAAAGACACAAAUUAAAUAAUAUUUAGUGACCUUUGGGAUAUAUAGUUAUGCCUUGUGAAACAAAUUGCAUUAGACAUAUAAUCAUAGCUCUCCAAAAAUAUUCCAGAACUGAUUUAA